UUUCCUUAUUGAAACUGAAAUGGUUUUCUACAAAAUUACCAAAAUUGAAAUAUUAUAAAAAUGAGCAAACUUUUCACAUGGCAGGAGAUGGUCGUUUGGCCCUCUUCAUCAUAACAUUUCAUUUUAAUUCCAUCUUUAAUGUCCCUCUGUGGUAUAGCUGUAUGAAAAGUCUGUAUUUUUGAUACAGGGUAUCCAUAGUAAGAUCAUAGAAAGUAUGUUAUGACUUCACACUGAAGGGAACAGCCAAACAAACUCACACCUACUGUAGUUCCUGCUUUGAUAACUGAGUAUUUAAAGUAGUUGAUAGGAAAUGUUCAAAUACUAGAAUACAUUAUGUCUACCAGUUAGUGGCAAUGCAUGGAUAGUUGGGUUAGGGCUCAAAAUAUAUUAAUUCCUAUAACAGCUGACUGGCUAAAACAGUAAAGGCAGUAGGUUAAAGAAAGUAGAAAAAGCAGGGAUAUAAUUACUGUAAAAGAACUGUUGACCAAUCAAGCCUUUAGAAAAUCACAUGAAAAUGUUUUUAAAUUAAAUUUAGCAUUCUACAUUUUUGUGUAUAUUUAAUAUUUUCCACUGGGUGUGCUUAGUUUAAUUGUUUUACACAUAAGUCCCUCAAAGUUAUGAAUCAUGUCUUUCUAAUCACUGAAUGUGAGUUAUAGAAAUAAAUGACACAGUUUCACUCAUUUUAUUUGACAGCAUUUUUUUUUAUUGGACUGUAAAACUUUUAAAAGGUAAGAUAAAGAUUUAUCUCCAGUUUAAGAUGAUAACUUAUUUGAACAAUUUUUUCCUUGUCACCUGAAUACAGCAAUCCUCUUCUUCUCCAGGUGAUACUGAUGAGCAUUCUUAAGCGUCUUCAUCUGAAUUGUCUCAGCUGCUUCUACUUGACAAACUAGAAAUUGCUUGUUUUAUAUCAGUUUUCUUGCGAAAUGAAAAUUUCAGAAAGUAAUGUGAUUCGAUUUCAUCUUCAAGUUCUUUAUGGGAUUUCUGUAAAGAAGUUUAAGAGAAAUAAAGGGAGAUGGAUAAACAGUGGAGCAAAGGUGUUCGGGGUUCCUUUGGAUAAUCUGGCCAGACGAUACAUUCCAGAAUAUGGACUCGUACCUUGUUUCUUAGUGGAUGCUUGCUCUCUUUUGUUGGACCGCGUUGGCACUGUGGGCCUGUUCAGGAAACCAGGCUCUCUUACUCGCAUCAAGGUCCUCAGAGCUAAGCUGAAUCGUGGGGAGGAGUCUCUGUCCACGGCUCUCCCCUAUGAUGUCGCCACCCUUGUGAAACAGUUUUGCAGGGAGCUUCCUGAGCCACUGUUUCCCCUUGAGCUGCAUGAUGCCCUGCUGAACGCCCAGACACUGCCUGACCCGAAGGAAAGGAUGGCAGCUCUCCAGCUACUCUCCUGUCUGCUUCCAGCCAGAAACUUUUCCUGUCUGCUCUAUCUGUUCGACUUCCUUCACAAAGUUGCUCAAAGAUGCUCUGACAACUUGAUGACCAGCUCUAAUCUGGCCACAGUUUUCCUUCCCUGUCUCUUACCGCCUCCAAACAAGGCGGAAAUGUCUGAAGGACGACUUGAACUUAGAGUUCUUGUCCUGCGUACUUUUGUGGAGCAUCCUCAUAUAUUUGGCGUGAUUCCAAAACACGUUAUAGAUGGCAUGGAUUUUUUAAUGAAUAUCCAUCCUCUAAAGGAUGCGUUCAAGAAGAAGGGAAAUGGAAAGAGACACAGCUUAAAAGCACCCAUGAAGACUUCUUCCUGGAGUCAGAGUAAACCAAAGGUAAGGCCUGCAGCCUCUCUUCCGACUCAAAGCUCCACAUCAGGAGAUGGACCCAAGCUUAGAAGAAGCCUUGGCCUGAUGUCCUUCCCCAAUAUUCAGCCGUUUAGGAUUUGCAUGCCUAUUGCAGAUCCAGGUUUCAGACCUGCAGCUGCACUGGAAGGUUCCAAAAAUGCGCACAAGAUUUCUGUGCUCAGUGCGAUGGAUAGACUGCAAUUCACAAACUGGAGGAGGCGUUCUUUACCAUGA